UCAAGGCUCUAAAACUUUAAAUUCAUCCAUGGAUUUUCAUCAAAGGCUCAAUGCCAUCAUUUUACAUCUACAAUGAUGGUGCGAGUUUGGGGCGGAAAUACCGGAAUAAAUCAUGGUGCGAGUUUUUAGGGUACACCUACACCUCAAUUGUGUCUGUCUUUGGGUUUUCUGCAGAGGAUCAUGUGCAUCAGAGAGAAAAUUCCAGUGCCACCCCCUCUGGUCAAAUAGUCAACGGUUUUGAAUAGCAUCUCAUGAACAUCCACCGUACCUUUGGGUGCUAUUCCCAAAGUUGCCAGAACAGUGACCACAAUGUGGUUCCGCCAGUAGGCGAUCCUACCCAUCUUCAACCGACUCCACCAAGGCUCAGCCGGUGGUUUCGCCAGAUCCCGCUCCUUCACCACCUCGAACCCCACCGUACGAGCCGUCUCGGCUAUAUCAGCGUAGCUCCUGAGCCCAGGCAAAGCAUCGCCUCUCUCAAUCCCUUGAAUAAUAUCCACAUUUCAUUCAAAAGCCAUAUAACGCAAAACGCAAAACCCAAAACCUUCCUCUGGCCUCUAUUUGCUGCUAAACUUCACGCGUAUCUUCUUCAUCAGCUUCUAAAGGUGUGAUGAUAGGUUCAAUAGCAAACUGAAAAAGUACCUUACUCCCCCAAGAUGUCAACUGGGCCCGGUCUCGAGUCUCUUGUGGAUCAGACAAUUUCAGUCAUUACGAAUGAUGGACAAAAUAUAGUGGGAGUCCUGAAAGGUUUUGACCAGGCUACAAAUAUAAUUCUUGAUGAAUCCCAUGAACGAGUUUAUUCUACCAAGGAAGGUGUACAACAACUUGUUCUUGGUUUGUACAUCAUUAGGGGUGACAACAUAAGUGUUGUUGGUGAACUAGAUGAAGAUCUGGAUUCUAGUCUGGAUUUGUCAAAACUUAGAGCUCAUCCCUUAAAACCUGUUGUCCAUUGAGGUGACAUACAAUGUAUUGGUUGUUAAUGGAUGCAUGCCUGUUUGUUGGAAAAGGUUUGAAAGUUGCUACAUUAUAUAGGACAUAAAGCUUUGAAACGAUGUGUAAGAUUAUGCAGUCAACACAAUAUUACUAAAUGCUUCGAUUUUGCUUCUUGAUGUUUAGCAUGUGAGUCUUGUUAAACGAAUGGCUGCAACAACUUCGACUAUCUAAGGUGGAGAAACUGUCUUCUAUUUGGCAAUCCACUUUAUAUGAUAAAAUAGAAUUUCACUUUUGAGAGUGGCAUGAGUUUUAUUGUACUCUUUUUUCUUACAAUGUGAUAGU